AUGAAGAUUUGGGUUGCUUUUUGUCUUGCGUUAUUGAUCCACUCUUGCCGUGCCGCCGAACCUUUAACGGUGGAUGGAAAGGUGUUGAUACUCGACGAAUCCAACUUCGAUUCCGCCAUUUCAUCCUUCGAUCACAUCUUGGUUGAUUUCUACGCUCCCUGGUGUGGCCACUGCAAGCGUCUCUCUCCCGAGUUAGAUGCAGCUGCACCUGUACUUGCAAAAUUGAAGGAACCCAUACUCAUAGGAAAAGUAGAUGCAGACAAGCAUACCCGCCUUGCAAAAAAACACAAUGUUGAUGGCUAUCCAACCAUUUUGCUGUUUAAUCACGGCGUCCCAACAGAAUACCGUGGGCCGAGGAAAGCUGAUUUACUUGUUCGUUAUCUUAAGAAAUUUGCUGCUUCUGAUGUUUCUGUUCUCGACUCGGAUUCUGCUGUGAAUAGUUUUGUGGAAGAAGCUGGUACUUUUUUCCCGGUAUUUGUUGGUUUUGGGUUGGACAGUUCGGUUAUAGAAAAGUUAGGCAUAAAGUAUAAGAAAAAUGCAUGGUUUUCUGUCGCAAAGGAUUUUUCAGAGGAUCUCAUGAUAACAUAUGACUUUGAUAAGAUUCCUGCAUUGGUUUCCCUUAAUCAACAGUACAAUGAGCGGAACACAUUUUAUGGCCCCUUUGAAGAUGAUUUUCUGGAAGACUUUGUAAAACAAAAUCUCAUUCCUCUGGUUGUGCCUGUAUCCUAUGAGACACUAAAGUUGAUAAAAGCUGAUGGAAGGAAAAUAGUUUUGACUAUUGUGGAGGAUGAAAAUGAAGAAAGAUCAAAAGAACUGGUUAAGUUAUUGAGGGGUGCUGCAUCUGCGAACCGUGACUUAAUAUUUGGUUAUGUUGGAGUUAAACAGCUUGAUGAAUUUGCUGAUAAAUUCGAUACCAGUUCUAAACUACCAAAAAUGGUCAUUUGGGAUAAAGAAGAUGAUUAUCUUUCAGUUGUUGGUUCAGAAAACAUCGAGGAAGAGGAUCAAGGAACUCAAAUCACUAAAUUUCUAGAAGGAUACAGAGAAGGAAGAACCGUAAAGAAAACACUUAGCGGACCAACAUUUAUGCAAUAUCUCCAAAGAAGUUUUGACAUUAGAAUGGUGUACGUAGUUGUUUUUAUGAUUGCAGUGCUAAUGCUUAUUCAAACCUUAGGUAAAGGAGGUGACAGUGGUGAAUAUCAGAGAGUAGCAAACCAAGAUAAGGUUAAUCAACCAAGCAGCUCUACAACAGAAGGUGAAGAAAGCAAAGAGUAUAAAGAAGGUGACAAAGAAGACUAA